AUGUCUGAUUGGAAAGUGGAUCCCGACGCUAGAAGACGUCUUUUACAAUUGCAAAAAGUAGGAGCCAACAAGAAAUGUGUCGAUUGUCACGCCCCUAAUCCUCAAUGGGCUUCACCAAAAUUCGGUAUCUUCAUUUGCUUAGAAUGUGCAGGUACUCAUAGAAGUUUGGGUGUUCAUAUCUCAUUUGUAAGAUCUAUUACCAUGGAUCAAUUCAAACCUGAAGAACUCGUUAGAAUGGAAAAAGGUGGGAAUCAACAGUUUAAUGACUACAUGUCUCAACAUGGUAUAGAUUUGAAUUUACCUCCAAAAGUCAAAUAUGAUAAUCUAAUUGCAGAAGAUUAUAAACAAAAAUUGACAUGUGAAGUCGAGGGAACAGAUUUCGUUGAACCUGAACAUCCAGGUUUCGAUCCAUCAUCACUUUCUGCUUCUGGUCCUCAUUCAGCUUGUUCUUCGAAUAAUAGUAGCGCGAACAUUGAUAGUCGAUCAGAGGGAACGCCAGUGGAAAAUCGUCGCUCUAAUGCCCCACAACUUCCUAAUGAACAACGAGAAAAAAAUGAAGCGUAUUUUGCGUCUCUUGGUAAGAAAAAUGAAUCUAGACCUGAUCAUUUGCCUCCGUCUCAAGGUGGCAAAUAUCAAGGUUUUGGUAAUACACCAAACAAUAAUCAAUCAUCGUCAUCAUCUGAAAAUCUAAACUCAAACACUUUAAACUUGGAAAAUAUUCAGAACGAUCCCAUUGGUACUCUUUCAAGAGGUUGGAGUUUAUUUUCUUCCGCUAUUACUAAAUCAUUUGAUGAUGUCACUGAAACUGUCAUCAAACCAGGGAUGGAACAAUGGCAAUCAGGUGAAUUGUCUGAGGAAACUAAAAGAGCUGCUGCUCAAUUUGGUCAAAAAUUUCAAGAGACAAGUACUUAUGGUAUACAAGCAUUUCAACAAUUCACAAAAAAUUUACAAGAUCAAUAUGUAAAUCCUGGUACAGAUAUGAAUGAUGUUCAAUACUCAAAUGCAAACGCUACCAAUAACGAUAAUAAUGAUUCUUCAUAUCAUGAUGCAUCAACCCAAGAUCGUGAAGAAUCUAAUAAGAAACAUUCUGAAGAUAACUGGGAUGAUUUUUAA